AAGAUUCUGCCAAAAUGCAUGCUGGGAAGCACGCGUGUUUCCGGGCGCCAGCGUGUGAAAUAAAUAUCGGAGUUAGAGAAAGGCUGAACCUUAUCUGCGUUUGUUAAAAUAACCAGUCGUCGAUAUGGUGAAAUUAUCUGCCGAGCUAAUUGAACAAGCGGCUCAAUAUACAAACCCGGUCCGAGAUAGAGAACUGGACCUGCGAGGUUAUAAAAUACCUGUUCUUGAAAAUCUUGGCGCAACUCUGGACCAGUUUGAUACCAUCGACUUUUCUGACAAUGAAAUCCGAAAACUGGAUGGCUUCCCCUUGCUGAAGAGACUGAAAACGCUUAUGAUGAAUAAUAAUAGAAUAUGUCGGAUAGGUGAAGGCCUUGAGCACACACUUCCAAGCUUGAAGGAGUUGGUGCUCACGAACAACAACAUCCAGGAGCUGGGAGACUUGGAUCCUCUUGCUUCAAUAAAGACCUUAACCCUACUCAGCCUUUUAAGGAACCCAGUGACUAACAAGAGACAUUACAGACUUUAUGUGAUCAACAAAAUUCCUCAGAUACGGGUGCUAGAUUUCCAGAAGGUCAAAUUGAAGGAGCGUCAGGAGGCGGAGAAAAUGUUCAAAGGCAAACGCGGUGCACAGCUUGCAAAGGAUAUUGCCAAGCGAACAAAAACGUUCACCCCUGGUGCAGGCCUCCAAACUGAGAAGAAGGCUGGACCGUCCCCAGCAGAUGUGGAAGCCAUUAAGAACGCCAUAGCCAAUGCAACAUCGCUGGCUGAAGUCGAGAGGCUGAAAGGCCUACUGCAGGCUGGUCAAAUUCCAGGGAGGGAUGUGAAACCAGGCCCUUCAGGUGUGGAGGAAGAGGAGGAGGAGGAGGAGGAGGAGGAAGAGGGAAAUGAAAAUGAAAAUGGGGAAGGGGAAGCUGUGCAGAUGGAAACUGUUGUCUCCAUGGAAGAGGAAGCUGGUGGUGGUGAAGGAGAAGAUGGAGGAGAGGAUGAAGAAGAGGGGGCAGGAGAACCUGAGGAAGAGGAGGAGGAGGAAGAAGAAAACGAUGACAACGAUGGCGACGACGAUGAUGAUGACGACGAUGAUGAUGAGGAAGAAAUGGACGAAGGCGUUCCAGUUAAUGGAUCUGCAUAGUGUCAUGUACAAAGUUUUUUGACCCCUGAUUGGGUAAUUUAAGUUUUAGUUUUUGUAACCAGUAAGUCUGGUUGUAUGUGGCAUGUUUAUGUUGAAUUGUAAAAUACAUUUACGUACAUUAAACAUUUUUGUAUAUAAA